GCUUCUCCGCUAGUCGCUAUUUUAAACUCAUCCAUUUUCUUCUGAUGAACUUUUGUCGUUAAAUCAAUUUAAUUUUCAAAAUACAUAUGAAUCAUAAUAAUCUUUGCCCUCCACCCAGUACAGCGCUGGCUCCACCCCCUCCACCCAGUACAGCGCUGGCUCCGCCCCUCUACCCAGCUGUUGUACAGUGCUGGCUCCGCCCCCUCUACCCCCUCUACCCAGUACAGCGCUGGCACCGCCCCCUCUACCCAGCUAUUGUACAUCACUGGCUCCGCCCCCUCCACCCAGCUGUUGAACAGCGCUGGCUCCGCCCCCUCCACCCAGCUGUUGUACUGGACUGGCCACGCCCCCUCUACCCCCUCCACCCAGUACAGCGCUGGCUCCGCCCCCUCGACCCAGCUGUUGUACUGCGCUGGCUCCGCCCCCUCUACCCAGCUGUUGUACAGCGCUGGCUUCGCCCCCUCCACCCAGUACAGCGCUGGCUCCGCCCUCUCUACCCAGCUGUUGUACAGCACUGGCUCCGCCCCCUCUACCCAGCUGUUGUACAGCACUGGCUCCGCCCCCUCUACCCAGCUGUUGUACAGCACUGGCUCCGCCCCCUCUACCCAGCUGUUGUAAUGCACUGGCCACGCCCCCUCUACCACCUCCACCCAGCUGUUGUACUGCGCUGGCUCCACCCCCUCUACCCAGCUGUUGUACAGCGCUGGCUUCGCCCCCUCCACCCAGUACAGCGCUGGCUCCACCCUCUCUACCCAGCUGUUGUACAGCGCUGGCUCCGCCCCCUCCACCCAGCUGUUGUACAGCGCUGGCUCCGCCCCUUUACCCAGCUGUUGUAUAGCACUGGCUCCGCCCCCUAUACCCAGCCGUUGUAAUGCACUGGCCACGCCCCCUCUACCGCCUCCACCCAGCUGUUGUACAGCGCUGGCUCCGCCCCUUUACCCAGCUGUUGUACAGCACUGGUUCCGCCCCCUCUACCCAGUUGUUGUAAUGCACUGGCCACGCCCCCUCUACUGCCUCCACCCAGCUGUUGUACAGCGCUGGCUCCGCCCCCUCCACCCAUCUAUUUUUACAGCGCUGGCUCCGCCCCCUAUACCCAGCUGUUGUAAUGCACUGGCCACGCCCCCUCUACUGCCUCCACCCAGCUGUUGUACAGCGCUGGCUCCGCCCCCUCCACCCAGCUGUUGUACAGCGCUGGCUCCGCCCCCUAUACCCAGCUGUUGUAAUGCACUGGCCACGCCCCCUCUACCGCCUCCACCCAGCUGUUGUACAGCACUGGCUCCGCCCCCUCUACCCAGCUGUUGUAAUGCACUGGCUCCGCCCCCUCUACUGCCUCCACCCAGCUGUUGUACAGCGCUGGCUCCACCCCCUCCACCCAUCUAUUUUUACAGCGCUGGCUCCGCCCCCUCCACACAGAUCUCUUGCGCCUGUUUCAGCAGCGUGACCUUUGACCUCGUCCCUGCUGCUUUUUCUCUCGAUGCCGUUUAUUUUCCACGUGCUGUGAAUCGUUGGAGCUGUGGUUCUGACUCUGUCCUACUUUCGUUGUGCGUCUGUGGCGUAACCGUGUGAACAUAUGUUGACAAGUGCCAUGACCCGGCCGUGCGAUGCUUACAUGAAGUCUAAACCAGGAAGUGAUCAGUGCUGGUAACUCGACACCAGCACACAGACCAGUUCCAUUAUUGCUAUUAUUAUUAUUCUGCUUCUGAUUAUUAUUAUUAUAUUACUAUGGUGACUAUAAUUACUUCUGUAUCGUCAGCGAUUCUCCUCAUAAUCAGCUCAGAGUUUGUUGUUCAGCCAUGUAUUUUUUUAUUUUCAGAUUUUUAUUUGAGUUUUCUUUUUAUUAUUAAACUUGAAAUGAACUAACA